GUUGCGUAUAUUCUAUAUUAUAUAUCCGAUAAACAUAACUCAAUCACAUCGCCUACCAAUUACGGUGGAAUACUUCAUCGAUCAGGAAAAGUAUUUCUAUUUGAUUUUGUUACAUAUCAGCGUGGCGUUAUGCAUCGCGGGAACGGCAAUGGUAGCAGUAGGAUCAAUGAUCAUUGUAUAUUUUCAACAUACUUGUGGUAUGUUUAGAAUUUGCAGUUAUCGUAUUAAACGCGCAGUGCACAUCAAUUUAUUAGAAAAUAUUAAACAGAAGAAGGGAAACUUAAUAUUGAAAGGAAUAAUUAGUGCUGUAGAUAUUCAUCGCCAAACUUUGACUUUAUGCAGACUUUUGGAAUCGAACUUUGAAGUAAUGUUGAUUUGUUUAAUACUAAUCGCAGUGAUCUCUUUGAGUCUUAAUCUCUUUCGAAUUUUUCAGAUUGCAUCAUCCAAAGAUGAUAUCAAGGAUAUUUUAUUUCCCUUUGCAUUUGUAACUAUCAAUAUCCUAUACAUGUUUAUAGCUAAUUAUCUUGCGCAGGAUUUAACGGAUCAUAAUAACGAUAUCUUUACUACCGUAUAUAAUGUUCAGUGGAAUGCCGCUCCGUUACAUAUACAGAAAAUGAUACUAUUUCUGUUGCAAAGAGGCUCCAAAGAUUUUACUAUAAGCGUUGGAGGACUAUUUGUCGGAUCAUUGGAGUGUUUCGCUACGAUGGUCAGAGCAUCGGUCUCUUAUUUUACUGUUAUGUACUCAACGCAAUAA